CUCUCUCUCUCUCUCACUAUAUAUACACACACACAUAUAUGUAUAUGUGUAAUAUUAUAAAUCAACUUCAAACAAACAAGCACUAGUGGUAGCUCCAUAUAAACUAGUGUGUACUUUAAGAAAGCUCUCGUCUAGUCUUGGCCCAUUAAUUUUCUUUUCUUUUGAUCCAUCAUAUAUAUAUAUAUACACACACACACACACAUAUAUAUAUUAAUUUGUUUGUUGUGUAUUGUUGGAUAUGGAGCUUCAAUUGAGUUUGGCACUUCCAACCCAAAAUCCAAUGAAGGACGUCUACUACGUGAAAAAGAAACGCAGUGUGUAUGAGGCGUUUGGAUCACAUGACAACGCCUCUGACAAAGUGUUGCUGCCUUUAUUGCUGUGGAAUGGCCAGCCAAACGAGGAAGAAGAAGAUGAUGAUCCCAAUGGACCAAACAAAAGAGUCACUACUGUUGUCAACUCUGACAAUAGUAUUAAGGGAGAGGAAAAUCAGGUAGUGGGAUGGCCACCAAUAAAAUCAUGGAGGAAGAAGCUGUUAUCUGAUCAUGACCAUCAAGUUGGUCGGAUCAUGAUCAAUAAUAAUCGGACGGCUGAGAGGGGAAGAGGUGGAUCAAACUCUAUGUAUGUGAAGGUGAAAAUGGAGGGAGUGGCAAUUGGGAGAAAAGUUGAUCUAAGGCUUUAUCACUCUUAUGGGACACUUACAAACACCUUGAUCACCAUGUUUGCUAGAUACCAAAAAAGUGACAAAGAUGGUGUCCGUUAUACACUCACUUAUCAAGAUAAAGACGGAGAUUGGCUGCUUGCAGGAGAUGUUCCAUGGCAAACAUUCAUCGAGUCCGUGCAGCGUAUGGAGAUACUCAGGAGUGUUAUGGGGAUUUUGAGCUUCUCUUUCUUUGUUAUCUCUAUUUUUGAAAUUGUAGCUGCACAACCAGCCACUGCUCCAGAUGAAGUGGCUGCUCUUAAUAAGAUGAUAGCUGACUGGAAUUUGAGUACAAAGUUAAAUUUCACAAUUGACCCCUGCACCAAGAAUGCAACAUGGGCAGCCGAGAAUGCGAAUCCCCAAAUCAUGUGUGACUACUGCACAGCAAACACCUGCCAUGUUACCCAUCUGAAGAUAUAUGCUUUGGACAUUUCUGGUCUAAUACCCACAGAACUAUUUGUGCUAAAGGAACUGAGGGACUUGAAUCUUGGUCAAAAUGUACUAAGUGGGCCCAUCCCUGCUGAAAUUGGACAGUUAUCUAAUAUGCAAUACCUGAGCCUAGGCAUAAACAAUCUGACUGGUCGAGUACCCCCCGAGCUAGGCAAUCUCACCAAGUUGUUGUCUCUAAGUUUUGGCUCGAACAAUUUGAAUGGACCCUUACCCACUGAGCUGGGAAAGUUAACCUUGUUACAGCAGUUGUACAUUGAUAGCAGCGGAGUGAGUGGACCGAUCCCAUUAGAACUAGCAAAUUUGAAAUCCCUCGAGAUUAUGUGGGCAUUCGAUAAUCGUUUUACUGGAAAGCUUCCUGAAUUCUUUGGAACUCUUACAGCUCUUAAGGACCUGAGAAUACAUGGAACAAUGCUUCAAGGCCCAAUUCCGAAUAGUUAUGGUGCUCUAACAAAACUGGCUGACCUGAGAAUAGGUGAUCUUAGUGAGGAAGAUUCUUCGCUUAACUUCUUGGAGAACUUGACAAGUUUGUCAACACUAUCCUUGAGAAACUCUCGAGUGGCUGGCCAACUCCCAGAAAAACUUGGCACCUUCUCGAAUUUGCAAUCCCUGGACUUGAGCUUCAACAAGUUGACAGGUCAAAUACCAAACUCAUUCCAAGACUUUGCUUCACUACAAUAUUUAUAUCUCGGAAGUAAUAACUUGAGUGGCGAGCUACCUCCAAAUAUUGUAACUCAGAAGCUUGUUGCCUUAGAUGUCUCCUUCAAUUCCAUCUCCGGAAAUUUACCACAACAUUCUGCCAAAGCAGGAUUAUCUGUCAAUGUAGUUGGAACUUCCAUCAAUGCAGACAGUUUACUGGACGGGAAGACAUCCGGGAUGUUGCAUUGCCUUCUAGACAAUAACAAGUGCAGUAACAAAGUUCCAGCCACUUCAUUUUCUAUCAAAUGUGGAGGCACAGAACAAGUAUCUGCAUCUGGCAUCAGAUUUGAUGAUGAUUCAGAAACACUGGGGGCUGCCUCAUUUUAUGCUAGCUCUGAUAAUCAGUGGGCAGUAAGCAACACUGGGAUUUUCAUUUCUAACCCAAAUGGACCUCGAUAUAUAACAAAUACAGAUUCCCAAAUAACAGAGACUUUAGAGUCUGAACUAUAUAAAACAGCCAGGAUUUCGCCGAGCUCAUUGAGGUACUAUGGACUUGGUUUGAAGAAUGGGAAAUACAGCAUUGACCUUCACUUUGCAGAGAUCCAAAUGGAAGACACUCGAUCUUGGAAAGGUCUGGGGAGGCGCUUAUUUGAUGUUUACAUUCAGGGCGAAAAGGUUCUUCAAGAUUUCAACAUUCAAGAAGAAGCAGGUGGAUCCAAGCGAGCGUUGGUAAAAACAUUUGAGGCAAACGUGACAAACACGAUCAUGGACAUCCAUUUCUUUUGGGCUGGGAGAGGCAGUUGCUGCAUUCCAUUUCAAAGCACAUACGGACCUUUAGUGUCAGCCAUCCAUGUUUCUCAAGUCUCCGAUGGUUUGGGUUCUUCCAAUCGCGACAAGAAACGCAUAGGAAGAUUUGUUGGAAUAGCAGUUGGAUGUGCAGCUGGGGUGAUGAUAUUGUCUUCUGUAUUCUACUUAUGGUGGACGAAGUAUUCUCAAGGACACACGCGAGUUGAGACAGACUCACCGAAGAAAGGAUGAUUCUUACGAUGAUCCCUUAUAAAUUUAUGGUGAUUAUAAACUUAUUAUGUUAUCUCCUUCAUCAGAAUUAAAAACAAUGUCUGCUUGAAGUGGUCUUGUUUUGAAAGUGUAUGCCAUUGGUCUGUACUCCCUGUACUGUAGUUGAAUCAGAUCCGAAUACCACAUUGGCCUGAUGUAUUAACAAUUGUAUAGUUAAUAAGGUAGUAAUUCAAGGUUCUCUUGUGAUA